CACGAACCCAACAAAAAUUAUCCAUAUAAAUCGAAAUGCUUAAAGCGGUUUCAUUACCAACCUCUUUUAUAUUCUAAAUUUUAUCACUUCACACACCUCCAUCUCCAGCGCCUCGAUCGAUUUCCAGGUCCAACCCCUUUUCAUCUCUUCACUCUAUUGCGCCAAUUGCAGGAAUCUCACCAUUGCUGCUUCAAAAGCUGCCGCUCUAUCUUGCCUUAUCACCUCUAAGAACCACCCACUCAAUCUAGUUAGCCCCAAAUUUCGUGAAGGGGUUUUCUGAGAAGGGACGAGAGAAAGGGGAAAGAUCUCAUUUGGACGGGUAGGAGGACCGAGGAGCAGCAUUGGUAGGAAUAAUCACAGAGCCGCAAAGCCAUGGGGUUGGUUAUUGCGGUAUGAUGAUAUAAAGAAUGAUUGAUUUAUGGAUAAUUACUAAUGAUGAGAUGUGGCCACAUAUAAAUGUACUUAAAUCAUCACGGCGUUAUAUUUGUUCCCUCCAAUGACAAAGUAAUGAUUCCAGUGACAUCAUAUGGUAUUGCAACUGCCAUCAUGUCUGAUUUCCAUUCUAGACUAGAAGAGCUGGUAGGAUUGAUGGAUGUGGAAGUUUAGAAUCCAAUUUUUUUUGUCUGUAUUCUACACAAAGCAUUUCGAGUUCUUGAACAUAUGGAUUGGAAUAAUAAGUUUCUUAUUUCACUGAUGAUGUAAAAUGAAGUCUUUUCUCUCUUGUAAUUACUCUCCAAGCUUGGAACUUAGGAUUGAGGGAAAUGAGCAGAUGUAAAGGAAACGAUUUCAACAAUCAACAAAUUAAAUGAAUAUUGGGUAAAGGCCUUUUUACUACAGAUUGUAAUGGGAAGAUCAGCUAGAAUUUGUAUCAGGGGAAUUUUUUUUUUCUUUUCAGUUGUAUAAUGAAAAGUAAGUAUCUCUUUUUUUCUUAACUGGCCCUGUUCAUAUGUUAUUCAAUUCAAAUUCUAGACCUUAAAUCUCCAUUAAAUGAAGAUUAUCAUUAGAUCAUUUAAGCUGUUGGUGAAGAGGUUAUUUUUAAGAUUGACAAGGAGGAAUAGAUGAAAGGCUAAAUUAGGAGCUUAAAGGGUGAACUAAGAUACAAUAACCGGGCUCACACAUUACAACUAUCGUACAAGGUAAAUUAUGGAAUUAAUCUCAAGAUAGGUUGGCUCAAAGUUGCGCUUGGUGCAUUACCACCUGCAGCUGCCUACUAGUUUAUUUACUUGUACCACAUUGGUGGCUCUGAAAUUGUGCAUUCAGUCUCAGUCAAGUUUAGGAGUCCCUACCAAAGUUUGGCUACUAAGUCUUAGAUUCUUCACUGUAGAAAUUCCCUUACUUUGUUGGAAUUUAAAUAUUUUAAUAAAAAAUAAAAUAAUAU